AUGGCAUCCCUGCUCGAGGCCUCCUUGCCCCCCUCCCAUGAUGAGAUGAGCUUGAGGCUCGAUACCCUUGACGAUGUCGUCACUCUUCCAAACGAUCUGGCUGUGCCCCCGAGUCUCUUUUCUCUCUCCCCCAUCCACGUUCUUAGGUGUUCGGGGCACCCGGGCUCACAACAUCCUCAUCCUUUCCAACAACCACGAACCGGUCUUUCACAACUCCCCAGACACGGCCCUGCAUCGCCUAUUCAACCCGCUCCCUCCAUCGCCUCUGCUACGUACCCCCCGCCUCAUCAUCUAGGCAACGGUGUCUUGCAGCCACAAAGCGCAUACGGGCCACCGUCCCAAGAACCCUACUAUACCACCCACCCGACUUCAUAUACCACCGCCACAGCACCGGCGCAAUAUCCUUCUAGCGUUAUCACUGGCUGUGCGCUCUCUCUCGACGACCUACCACGCUCUGUCCUAAGACCUUCGACUGAUCCGCGGCCAGGACCAUCCGACCUCAUGGCAACCGCCACCCAAAUGCAGAGACCUUACCCCCCAAUCUAUCACACUCCCCAGUCGAACUCGCCGGCGUCGGUGACUUCACAGCCCCACGACCAUCAUGGACGCAACAUGUACACGCAGUCCCCGCAGAUGCCGCAAAUGUACGGCUAUCCGCCAUACUCGCCCAUGAACCCCGUCCAGCCCUCGCCAUACGCCGCGCACCCUUCUCCUCAACAGCAUCCGCUGACUACCCAACCGCUGAUGAUGCCCCCUCAAACCACCACGGCCCAGAUCCCGCCGCAUCAGUCAUCACACACCCCGAACCCGCUGUCCGGCAGUUCAGGAAUCAAACUGGACACAUCACAGCAGUCAGCCCAGGCCCCGCGAGGGAUGAUGAAUCCCCCUCUUUCGGCGAGCAGCAACCCGGCCAUGCAAGCGAACAACCCGCAAUCCAGCCCGCCACAGGGAACAAGCUCCAACGCCGCACCGGGACCCAUCCCCGCGACCACGCCGCUGGUGGUGCGCCAGGACAGUAACGGGGUGCAGUGGAUCGCAUUUGAGUACUCGAGGGACCGAGUCAAGAUGGAGUACACGAUCCGCUGCGACGUCGAGUCUGUCAACGUCGACACGCUGGGCCAGGAAUUCAAGACGGAGAACUGCGUGUACCCGCGCGCCUGUUGCAGCAAGGACCAGUACCGGGGAAACCGGCUGGUCUACGAGACCGAGUGCAAUGCCGUGGGCUGGGCGUUAGCCGAGUUGAACCCGGCACUGCGGGGAAAACGAGGCCUCAUCCAGCGCGCCGUGGACAGCUGGCGGAACAGCAACCAGGAUCCGCGACUGCGCAGCCGCAGGGUUCGCCGGAUGGCCAAGAUCAAUCGACGCCAGUCUGCUCCUGCGCCCACUCCCCAUAUGCCCGCUGCUAGCCCCGUUGCCCCGAGCCUGCCGGGCUCGGCGAUGCCUGGCCCGGCGCCGCGCGCUAGUAUCAGUUCUGCGUCAAUGGCUGCCAUGGGUCCUCCACAGAUGCAUCAUCAUCAUGCUCAACCGGAUGGCAGCCCUAGCACUGAGGAAGUCACCGGCACAGACUAUCCCACCGGACCCCAGCACUCCGGCCGCCUGCCAUCCUCCGCCGACAUGCGUCCGGCUCAAGUCUUCAACGACACCCCGACUGCCCCGUUCCCAGCCAGCGCCAGCGGGCCCUCGAUGCCACCCCUCCUACGAGACAAUAGCCUGGGCUCACUGGGGCGACACCCGACGAUCGCAGCAUCGUCAAGCCGCGGGGACGAUACCACUAUUGCCAACAACACAGACGAGCAGAGCGCCAGCAACGAAGAACUAUUCGGCCAGCUGCCGGAUGGCAAGCGCCGCAAAUUCAUCCUCGUCGAUGACCCGCAGCGCGGCUGCCGCGUGCGCGUCAAGGUGGUUUUGGAUAAGGUCAAUAUGGACGAGAUCCCGGACUCGUACCGCAUGUCCAAUGCGGUUUAUCCACGCACUUACUUCCCGGUCCAGAUGAAGGAUGCCCCUGGUCGGGUUGUGCCCAAUGCGCGGUUCUUCCGUGAUGAUUCGGAGCAUGUCGAGGAUCCCGAAGCUGCGACGGUUGGCCGCACGACUGUCCCGGCGCCCUCGCUGGACGGCGAGCGGGAGGUCGAUGUGCCGAAGCUAUCCCGUCGUCGCCACCACAAGGAGGUCCUCCUUAAUGACCUCGGCUACCGCAUGAGCUGGAGCCAGAGCCGGGUGUUUGCGGACCGGAUGCUCUUUUUGCAGCGAUCACUGGACGCCUAUCGCAACAAAAUGCGCAGCAGCAUGCUCGCCGCCGGUCAAGAUCCCGCGGACAUCCCCGAGCACUUUGAUACUCGUCGGGGCAAGCGACGGUUCCUCGAGCGGCGCGGUCGCCAAGCGGACGCCGGUGCUCAGUCAGCUACUCAGCGCAGUGCUGAGGAAGUGGAAGGUUAG